UUUCCAUUGGGAGUUACUGGGUCUCUUGGUUCCCGAGAAAACUAGCAAGAGAGAAUUGGGCAUAUGGAGCCUUGGAGUUUCGGUUCAGAAGGGAAAGGGUUUUUAUUUGCUGAUGAGAUGGAUAUACCAAUUGAUGCAUUUGCAAAAAGUACAAAAGCAUUUUUAGAAUGGGAUAACAAAACUUGCUUUAAUUUCGAUAAAGAAUCAGUUGAGAGCAUGGAGUUCAUGGAUUCGGGAUUGCCUGAUACAAUGAAGGAGCCUUUUCAUGGUAACCAGGUAGUGGAUAUCUUGAGUGGUGUCGGCUGUAAUGAUUCUAGUAACAAUACAGUAGCUUCUCCUACUUGUUUGAUGACUUCAAGUUCAUCAUGGGGUGACGGAGAAUCUGGCUCCAAAUUUUCUAGCCCAGUCUGUGAGUCUAGUAGCCAGGAUUCAUCACUAAUUGCUUUGAAGCUAGGGAGGUUGGCUGAUAGCAAAUAUGGAAAGGAUAGUCAACAUCUGAAAGAGAGGUCAAAGAGAGCUCGCACGAAGGGUUCAUACUAUCAGACUAUCACCUGCCAGGUUCAUGGUUGUAACAUGGAUCUUAGCUCUUCAAAGGAGUACCAUAAGAGGCAUAGAGUUUGUGAUGCUCACUCAAAGACUGCGAUAGUUAUUGUAAAUGGCAUUGAACAGAGGUUUUGUCAGCAAUGUAGCAGGUUUCAUCUGCUGGCUGAAUUCGAUGAUGUUAAGCGUAGUUGUCGUAGACGCUUAGCUGGCCACAAUCAACGCCGAAGGAAGCCUCAGCUAGAUACCUUUGAUUGUAAAUCGCAUAACUGGCUUCAGUCAUAUCAAGGCAUUGGAUAUCUUGGAACUUCCUUGCCAAAGAGAACACCAUUUGUCUUUUCAGAUAUACUUCCAGGUGGCGUUCUAUAUCCAGAAGAAUCUAACCAGUAUGGACAUAUUAAAACUGAAGAUGAAUUAACUUACAGUCAAUGUGUGACACGCACAUCAAACAGGCAAUCAAUUCCAAACUCUUUCCUCCAUCUGCAUGGCCUCGCAAAGCAACAUGCUUCAGGAGUUCCUAUAUCAGGACAUGAAUACUCGGUUUUUGAUACAGCAUCAGAUGUUCAGAAAGAAUCUGGGGCGUCAACCUACCAGGGUGUUCUCUCUCUUCUGUCAUCUCAAUCACAGAGCUCAAUCCAUUCUGCAAGAAAUCAAGUGGCUACCCCUCUGCAAAUGCAGAGAACCCAUCAUGGUGCUGGUCAAAAUAAUGAAUGGCCUUCCACAGUAAAAGCCUUGGAAAAAUGUGGACGAAAUGGAUCCUUCCCAUGCAGGAUGAACUCCAUGGGAACUGACCAGAUGGAUUCGGUAAUGAUUUCUGAUUCUAGUCAUGCUGUUGACUUCCAACAUCGCACAGAUAGGGUCCAGGGGUCAGCUUGCUUCAGUCACAAGUAUCAUCUUUCUCCUGAAAAUGGACCAACUUUUGAUUUGCUCCAAUUGUCUUCACAUUUUCAAAGAGUGGAGCAAGAGAGAAACUUUUUGCAAGUCAAACAGGAACAGGGGGAUUUCUACUGUUUCCCGCAAUCUUAAGUAGCCUUUAAGAGGCAAUCUUGUUGGAGGAAGUUUGGAUUCACUUGAUCAGGGACAUUCUACCUACAUUGGUGCAUUUCAGUGGAUGG